GCGGAAGCUCAUGAAGAAGGGAGACGUCCCGGGCCUCUCGGUCGGCGUCGUGCGGUGGUCUGACUCCUCUACGUCGAACGCGGACGUCGAGUUCGGCUCAUGGGGUAUCAUGUCAGAGCAAGGCGCCAAUGUCACUGCAGAUACCCUCUUUAACAUCGGAUCCUGUUCCAAAGCCGUGCUAGCCGUUACGAUGGGCAUUCUCAUGGAAGAUUUCAAAUUGGGCCGCAACAAAACCGCUCUUCCUCCGGGCCUCACCGAGCUCAUCUGGGACUCGCGUAUCAGCGAUCUGCUCCCCGCUGACGAAUGGGGGCUUGCAAACGAAUGGGCGACGAAAGAAGCUAACAUCGGAGAUAUCCUCAGCCACGUGUCUGGUCUCCCCCGGCACGACUUCGCUUGGGACUAUGAUGAUUCCACGCUGGAUGUUGUCAAACGCUUGCGGAACCUGAAAACAACCCACGGACUGCGACAGGAAUGGGACUACAACAACCAGAUGUACAUCCUCGGGGCGCAUAUCAUUACGCGUUAUGCGGGUGUUCCGUAUACCCAGUACGCGACUGAACGCGUGUUCGAUGUGCUUGGCAUGAACGCGACGACGUUCGACCCAUCGGUGGCAGAGCGCUCUGGAAACCUCAGUCACGCAUGGUCUUACACAGGCAGAAGAAUCCCGCUCUGGUUUGGAUCGGACGCGUCGGAGAUGCUUGCAGGUCCCGGGGGCGUCAUUUCGAACACAAGGGACAUGACCAGAUGGAUAACCGCCCUUGUUCCGGGAGUCACGAAUCUACUCCCCCAAGAACACGCACUCCCACCUCAGGUGCUCACCGACGUCACGCAGGCGCGUGCGAUCGUGUACGGUCGCUCCGCCGUACCUGGCCUCUCAAUGAUAGCCUACGGCAUGGGCUGGAUGAGACUCACGUAUCUCGGGCACGAGAUUGUCUUCCACUCCGGCUCCAUCCCCGGUUACAAAGCAAUCGUGAUCCUCCUUCCGAGGGAGCGUGCGGGAGUCGUAGCGCUGGUCAACAGCGACGACAGCCUCAUGAUACACAACACAGUCGCAUUCAGUCUCGUUCACAGCAUCCUCGGGCUGCCUUUAGUGUCGAUCCCGCCGGCCCCCAUGUUCACUCCUAAACAUACGGGACUGGUGUCCCCAGCAGCCGACUCGCGAGCAUACGCGCACUCCGUUUCGGAAGACGCUCCUCCCCAGAGGAUAGUGUCUUCGCGCCCAGUACAAUACGACUCGCUCGAGGUGUACGCAGGAACGUACGCGAACAUCGGCUAUGGCAACGUCACGUUUUGCGCGCCCUCCACCACAUCCGCGUACUGCGACGGCGUCCGCGCCGCCUUCACGCUUAUGCACAACGACACUGCCAACUCUACCCCGGCGCUUCUCGCAGAUUGGCCACGCCUGCUCGCGAGCCACAUCCGACUUGUGCCACAUCAACCGGACGCGGACGAACCGAGCACCUUCUGGCUGACGACGCACUACAUGUUCCCUGAGGGGUACGGAAAAGACCGGUCUCCAUUCGACUAUGAGAUAUUCCCGCCCGGGCUUGGGCUGUACGCGCAGUGCACGACUGGUGAUGAGGGAGAAGGCGAAGGCUGUGGGGUCUUCUUGACGUUGGAGGGGUAUGUGAACAAGAAAGAGGGCGUUCCGCUCCGCGAGCAAGCUGAUGUGUGGUUCGAGAAGGUCGCGUAGGGAUCGGCGCUGCGAGGGCGCCAGAUCUGGAUCCCAUGUAGUACUUCAGGAAGGAAAGAUAUG